AUGGGAAUGGUUUUUGGUAAAAUCGCUGUGGAGACUCCUAAACACACGGUGGUCAAAUCCGGCGACGGUUAUGAGAUCCGUGAAUAUCCUCCGGCCGUCGCGGCGGAGGUCACUUACGACCCUUCUGACUUCAAAGGCGACAAAGACGGCGGCUUUAUGGUCUUGGCCAAGUACAUAGGCGUGUUCGGCAAACCGGAGAACCAGAAGCCGGAGAAGAUCGCCAUGACUGCUCCGGUGAUCACCAAGGAGGGAGAGAAGAUCGCCAUGACUGCUCCGGUUGUGACCAAGGAAGGAGGAGGAGGGGAGAAGAAGACGGUGACGAUGCAGUUUCUGUUGCCGGAGAUGUACAAGAAGGCGGAGGAUGCGCCGCGUCCGACGGAUGAGAGAGUGGUGAUUAAGGAGGAAGGAGGGAGAAAGUACGGCGUGGUAACGUUCAGUGGUACUGCGGCGGAGAGUGUGGUGAGCGAGAAGGUGAAGAAGCUGAGGAGUGAUCUCGAGAGAGACGGGUUUAAGAUCACUGGAGAUUACGUCCUUGCGAGGUAUAAUCCGCCAUGGACGUUGCCUCCUUUCAAGACCAAUGAAGUCAUGAUCCCGGUUGAGUGAAGAACCAAACCCAAAGUUCAUAGCUUAUGGUCUCAAGAACAUGUUGUUCUGUUCCACUUUGUGUUUGUAGUUGAAUAAAUAACAAGAACAAUAAUGUAUACAACGCAAACUUUUGAUUUAAAUUUUUAUCGAGGCAUAAACAACAAAGUGCUUGUUCUGA